AUGAUUCCUCGCACAGGCUCAAUCCUACUGGCCGCCCUGUAUGCUGGCUCUAGCUUUGCAGCAGCCGACUCUCAGCGGCCAUUACUGAAGGACUUUGACGCCCUCGGCGCCUGGUUCGAAGAAGUAGCCGCCAUCAAUGCCACGGGACCUCAAGAUGUCGAACAAGCCAAGAACACCACCAUUGCCAUCGUUGGCGCGGGCAUCACUGGCCUAGCUACGGCUCUCAUGCUUGAUAGCGUUGGCGUACACAACUGGGAGAUCCUCGAGGCUAGUCACCAAAUCGGUGGACGUCUGCGGACUAUCUAUGUUGGAGGCACCCAAGAAUGGGCGGAAAUGGGCCCCAUGCGUCUUCCCUACAAGAUCAAGUACAAGAGCGACAAUGAGACGCUUGAGUACUCCGACCAUGCCAUGACGUUUCAGUUGGCAGACUGGCUCAAUGAGAUGAACCAAGGCAGCCAAUCCGACCUGAACAUCAGUUUCAUCCCCUGGAUUCAGCACUCGCCUAAUGAGUUGCUGGCACUUGGCACCGGGAGACAUCCCGACGGAAGCAUCCCCACGCGGGCCGAGAUUGCCGCAAACUCCAGCCUUGGCAAGCCGGCACCGAUGGAUACGCAGGAGUACAAGGACAUCAAGGCGAAGAUGAGCAACAUUCUCCUCGACGAAGCUACAGUCAGAGAGAUCCAGAAGGACGUAUGGAGAGUACAUGGCCGCAUUAUGAAGAGUGGUCUCGACGAUGUCAGCCAGCAGAGCAUGAUGCGCAACGUUUGGAACGCGAGCGCUGAGGUGGUGGAUGCUAUCCACGGCGCCACUGAUUACGACGUCUUCUGGGACGAGAUGCAUCACAAUUCGAACCUGGCGCAGGAUGGUAGCAAGGGCACCUUGGGUGAGACGGAAUGGCGGUGCGUCGACGGCGGCUUCAGCCGCUUCUCGGACGCAAUCCUACCACAUGUUCAGGAUCGUCUCGUCCUGAACCGUCAGGUCCGGGCGAUUGAGGCCGUCAAGGAUGAUCAGAACGCGGUCACAGGCACGAAGAUCUCUUGGGUCGAUGUUGAUGCCAACAGAACCCAGACGAAGCCGACAGCUGAGCAGAGCAAGACCUACGAUUACACCAUGCUCGCGGUUCCUUUCACCAUGACGCGGAUGAUGCGCCUGCCAUCCUUCUCACCCACCCUCUCGCGAGCCAUGGCUGAACGCGGUGUUCGCUUCAAGGACGCCUGCAAAGUUGGCCUGCUCUUCAGCGAACGCUUCUGGGAGAAGGGUGACCGCCCUAUCUUUGGCGGUUACUCGACGCCCCCCGAUGCAGCUGUUGGCGCUCUCUACUACCCAGUCUAUGGCCACAACGAGUCGGGGCGUCCAGGCCUCAUUCUGCACUACCGCGGAGGUGACUGGAGUAGCCGCUUCGCCAGCCUCAGCGAGGAGCAGCACGUGGGAAUGGUCCUCGACGCCAUUGCUUCACUCCAUGGAGAGCACGUUCGGGACCUGUACACGGGCGCCUACGAGCGGUUGUGCUGGUUGGACGAGCCUUUCAUCGCCACGGCCUGGACACGCCCGGAUGUGGCUCAGCACGCGUUGUACAUCCCGUCAUACCACCAGACUGAGUCGAACGUCAUUGUUCUCGGCGAGCACACCGCCCCCACGCACGCAUGGAUUAGCUCUUCACUUUACUCCGCCGUUCGUGGUGCUGUUCAACUCUUGCUAGAGAUUGGUUUGGUCGACGAGGCCAAGCAGUUGAACCAACAGUGGAUGGGACGAUGGAUCAACAUGCAGUAG